CCUCCUUCCAUUACUCUCGUGGAGGUUCUCGUGUUGUUUCUCAUUCUUCGACGCUGGAUUUCUUGCUCUCGCCGAGUUCGCGUGGGAUUCUUUCUCGAUCAUCAUGUCGACUGCCGCGGCGUUCAAUGGAGAUGAGGUCGCUCCCUUCUUCGGCUUCAUCGGAGCUGCAGCUGCCCUUGUCUUUUCAUGCAUGGGCGCUGCCUAUGGAACGGCCAAAAGUGGAGUUGGAGUGGCAUCUAUGGGUGUCAUGCGACCUGAGCUAGUGAUGAAGUCCAUCGUCCCAGUGGUCAUGGCUGGAGUGUUGGGUAUUUACGGGCUAAUUAUCGCCGUGAUCAUUAGUACCGGAAUCAACCCUAAGUCGAAGCCCUACUACGUGUUCGACGGCUAUGCUCACCUUUCAUCUGGUUUGUCGUGCGGUCUAGCUGGUCUGUCCGCUGGCAUGGCCAUUGGUAUUGUUGGAGAUGCUGGGGUCAGAGCCAAUGCCCAGCAGCCGAAGCUUUUCGUGGGAAUGAUCUUGAUUCUCAUUUUCGCUGAGGCUCUUGCCUUAUACGGGCUGAUUGUGGGCAUCAUUUUGUCUUCCCGUGCAGGACAGUCCCGUGCUGAUUAGACUCACAGCCACAUCUUAUUGGUCGAAUAGUUGUGUCAAUUGUUUCAUGCCUUAGAGAUUCAGAGUUCUACAGAUUGGUGUCUCGUGUAACGUCUUUUUCAGCAUCUGUUCAGAUAUUAGUAGCAUGUCUUGUCUCCACUUUUUCUUUCUCUUUUUUUACUUCAAGAAAUAUAAAAUAUAAAAUUUCAAUAAAUAUUUCAAAAAUUUCCAA